AGAACUGCUGUGCAAUAAAAAAGAAAUUAGCCUUUUUAUUAAUGUGACAGCUUUCUUUGUUCAUUCUUUGCUUUUUUCUGCAUUGCAGCUGUCUUGGCAGCCAAAGGGUUAUACAAGGCUGGCAGCAUGUGCGUCCUUUAGGAGAAGCAGUGCUGCCAUCCUGUCACUACAUUAUAUAGAAGCACUAAUUGGAAUGACACGGGUUCUGCCCUUUUUCACGUCCCAGGUUUGUGGAGACAGGGCUGGUAUGAUUGGAUGAAGCGGCUGGAAGUACCACCCUGCCAGCAUCCUCUCCUGUCUGCAGUGCCAGCCUACACAUCCUUCCUCUGGCGUACUGCAGGGACCUUGUGCUAGCAUUCUUCUCUCAGCACCGCACCUUCUUCUCUGCACAGCUGAUAUCAGACAAGAUGAGUCGGGGGUAUUCAGAGAACAAUAAUUUUCCCUAUGACAAUAACCAGAUGGUUUUGGACAUGAUUCUGUAUUCCCUGGUGGGGGUCCCCCAGCCUAUUAACUGGGACAGUGUUGCAAGACUUGUUCCGGGAUAUUCAUCUAAAGAGGGUUGUAAAGUCCGAGAUCAUGUUAUUGGUCUGUCCGGAGGAGAUGCACCAAAGAGUUCUAUGAACUUACUAUGUGACCUCUUACAGAGAAGGGAUAUUAUAGUAGUUCCUUUUUCUAAAGACUCAAAUGGGGACUCUGGAAUUAGCCUAAGUCAAGAUAAAAGUCAUGAAUGUGAUGUCCAAAUAGAGCCGAGCGCAGCAUGUGCACAGAAGACAGCGGAGAUUAAUGCUUUUCUUUUAUUAAAAUACUUCAGUCUUCAGCUGAAACAACAGUCUCUGCUCUCAGAAGACGAUGACUACACUACUGGAUCUGAGGUGACAGAAGACGAGGUUGGAGAUGAAGAAGAAAUAUCAAAAAAACCAGGAAGGAAACAAAAACCAAAGAAGUCCAAUAGACAGCCAAAAAAACACACCUCUUCACCAAGUAUUCAUAAAAAAGAAAGGCCGCAAGAAAAGAAAACAUAAACUGGGCAAAAGGAGAGGAUGACCAUGUGGUGGGAAGAGCCGAAUAUGACUUCACAGCAACUUCAGAAGAAGAGAUUUCCUUCCGUCCUGGAGAUUUACUCAACCUGGCUCCCAAAG